CCGGGGGGURAUAGGGAACUGUUCYGYCGRCAGCGGGAGAGGCAGCAGCAGAGGAGAGCUAGAGCAGCCGAGGCCAGCAGGGCAUUAGCUAGCGAGGCCGGUGCUAYAGCARCCAUGGCUACAACARYCAUGAGCAYGUMUGCACARCAGACUUCUCCAGCCGGUAGUUCAGGUACCGUCGGGUCCACRAUCGCACAGACCGUGAGUCAGUCCACURGCUUAGUGKUAAGCCAGCCCGCGGUGUUGACCCCAGAGGAUGUCGCCAUCCAGCAGGCAGCCYUGCAGGAGGCACAKCUACAGCGGGYAUUAGGACAGAUAAAAAGGGAAAAAGAGAUGAUGAUUAGAARAAGAACCAGGAUGCAACAGAGAGGGGCAGACAUAGAGGAGUUAGAGACGAUGGACCUGAYGCAUAUGGAUGAUGAUGUGAAGGUAGUUAGGAGGGCCCUGCUAGGYGUAAUUGAGAUGCAGGAGCAUCAAACUACCMUCCUUCAGGACAUUCAACAAARCCUAGCCGUGUUGGSAGGCCGUGCUCARGCAGCACCAUCAACAGCAGGGCCUGGUGCCUGGCCCGUGCCAUAUCCUCCUCUUUCUGUUCCACCGGUGACUGGGGUAUCCCCAUAUGUAGCCCCUUCAUCAAUUGCUAUCGUUUCCCUGGGCAUGCCUCUGUCAGGAGGGGUAAUAGCAGGGAGUAGUUUACAGGUUCCUGUUCAGACAGUGUUCACUCAGAGUCCGUUGCAGGUUGCGGUCACCACGGAGUCUGCUGUCUCUCAACCUGUGCAGCCGCAGGGCACACAGCCCUCGCAGCAAGCACAACAACCUGUAUCGCCGGGUCCACAGCCCGGGGUGGUGCAGGGACCGGGACAAAAUCAGUGGGUUCCAAAAGCGGCCAUCGCCGCUCCCAAACCUUUUACAGGGGACAAGAGAGGCGAAGACCUCGACACUUGGUUGAGGGCAGUGCCGGUCUACGUCAGGUGUAAACUCACCUUGCCGCACGAAGAAGUGCUUGUGGCUGCUUCCUACCUAGAGGGUAGUGCAGCAAGAUGGUUGAGUGGGUUAGUGCAACUCCAGGGGUACGGUCAUGACUUCCGCUCUUGGGCAGCCUCUCAAAAAUUGGAGGACUUCCUGAAAAUGGUGGAAGAGAGGUGGCAUGAUCCUCAGGAGGCUGUAAAGGCCACUGAUGCGAUCCUGGCACUGCACAAGCGGCAGUUUAAGUCAGUAAGGGAUGCCACCGACGCUGUAGAGCGUUUGAUUUGUGUUCCAGGGGUACGCUAUGACCCCCAGCAAAAUCCGGAGGAGGGUAUGUAUCUGGUUUACGUCUCUGCUGCAGGCGAGCCGAUAAAAAUGCCGCCAGAGAUAGAGGGAGUAGUUGCCAAGUACCUGGAUCUCUUUGAGGAGCCUACAGGGGUUGUUGAGAGGGAGGUCGUCCACGCGAUAGAGAUUAUCCCAAGGUCUAGUAUUCCAAAGGGUAGGAUAUAUCGGAUGUCUCCAGGCGAGCUUGAUGAGCUUCGCCGCCAACUCAAGGAACUCAUAGAGAAGGGUUGGAUAUGGCCGAGUGUCUCUCCUUACGGAUCUCCAAUGCUGUUCGUACCUAAAAGGAAGGAGGGCACUCUCAGGAUGUGCAUUGACUAUAGGGGCCUCAAUGCCAUCACUGUGAAGAACAGAGAGCCCUUACCGUGCAUCGAUGAUCUGUUAGAUAGAGUGCAAGGGUGUCGGUACUUCAGUAAAAUAGAUCUGAAGUCCGGGUACGAUCAGAUUGCAAUCCGGUCCGAGGAUCAACACAAAAAUGCAUUUCAGACCAGGUACGGUCUGUACGAGUUUGUGGUGAUGCCUUUUGGCCUUUGCAAUGCUCCUGGCACCUUUCAGCACGCUAUGAAUCGGAUAUUCCAUGACUACUUAGAUAAGUUUGUCGUCGUGUACCUCGAUGACAUACUUAUUUUUAGUAAGACUGUCGAGGAGCACGUAGCACACUUAGACAAAGUUCUCAGUCUCUUGCGACAGCACAAGUUCAAGAUCAACGGUGAAAAGUGCGAGUUUGGCCGCACCCGUAUCUUGUACUUGGGUCAUGAGAUCUCCGCGGAAGGGUUGAAGCCCAAUGACGCGAAGGUGGCCAGCAUUCGUGAUUGGCCACGACCUCAUUUUGUGACUGAGAUGAGAUCUUUCUUAGGAAUGACAGGCUACUACCGGAGUUUUGUAAAGAACUAUAGCAUUGUGGCCGCUCCUUUGACUGAUCUGACCCGCCUUGACACCCCGUGGGAGUGGACAGAUGAGUGCGAGGUUGCUUUCAGACAUCUGAAGCAUGCAUUGACGCACUAUGAAGUCUUGAAGCUACCCGAUCCUGAUAAGCCAUUUAUAGAAACCACGGAUGCUAGCCAAUAUGGCAUUGGCGCCGUGCUUGCGCAGCAAGAGGUGCCAAAGUUGAGGCCGGUUGAGUACAUGUCUAAGAAAAUGUCGUUUCAGAAGUUGGCUAAGUCCACUUAUAUGAAGGAACUCUAUGCGGUGUACAAGGCUAUCACCCAUUCGAGACACUAUCUCCUUGGGAGGUUCUUCAUCCUCAAAACUGAUCAUCAGACCCUGAAAUGGAUGAGAACCCAGCCGGUACUCUCUGACGCUCUCAAGCGUUGGAUUGAAGUCAUUGAGCAAUAUGACUUUGACCCUCAGUAUCUGAAAGGGGAGUAUAACAAGGUUGUUUACGCCUUGUCGCGCAGACCAGACUUCUCAAGUGCGCUGAUUACUGAGUUCAAUCUCACGGACAAUGUUACUCAAUCCUUGGUGGAAGCCUAUCGCGAGGACCAGUUCAUGUCUGAGAUCAUACACAGACUUGAGACGAAGGACAAGAAGACGUCCGCCGAGUUUGAGUUGGUUAAUGGCUUGCUGUUCCUUGAGAAGGCAGGGAAUAAACGAUUGUGUGUUCCCAAUAGUGAGUCUUUGCGUAGUUUGUUUCUAGGUGAGUGUCAUGAUGCCACCGGUCAUUUCGGGUAUAAGAAGACCGCAGCCAACCUGCUGCAGCGAUUCUGGUGGCCCACGAUGAUGCGAGAUGCACAACUGUAUGUGGAGACUUGUCAAGUCUGUCAACGAGACAAGCCCCGUACUCAGGCUCCUCUUGGGCUGCUCAAGCCCCUUCCGAUUCCGGAAAGGCUAGGUGAAAGCUUGUCCAUGGACUUCAUGGAUACGCUGGUCACUAGCAAGACUGGGAUGAGGCAAAUCUUCGUCAUCGUGGAUAGGUUUAGCAAGUAUGCUAGGUUAAUAGCCAUGCCGGAAGCAGUGAAGACUGAGUAUGUAAUCAGGCUGUUCAAAGAGAACUGGGUGAUGGAUUUUGGAUUGCCUAAGUCUAUUGUAAGUGACAGGGAUGUCAGAUUUACAAGUGAAUUAUGGAAGGCCGCUGCAGCUGAACAAGGAACUCAACUGCAAAUGACUUCUGGAAACCAUCCAGAAGCAAACGGCCAGGCUGAACAGAUGAACCGCACUGUYCAACACCUGUUGAGGCAUUACAUUAAGCCCAACCAGGUGGACUGGGACGAGAAGCUUGCUCUUGUUGCCAGUCUGUACAAUAACGUUGUACACAACGCUACCGGGGUAAGUCCUAAUAGUCUACAUCUUACCUUUAGGCCUAGACUGCCUUUAGACUUCCUACUUCCUGAUAACCAGCCAACUGUUACACGAGGCACUUUGGAGUUCGCGUAUCGUUAUGAACAGAAGAUGCAGGAGGCUGUAGAGCAUAUACAGAAGGCGCAGGCAGCAAUGAUAGAAUCUGAGAAUAAACACCGCCGCCCUUCUACAUUUCAGGUUGGGGACAGAGUCUGGGUCAAAUCUUSAGAACUGGGACAGGAGUUCGGGAUAUCCCGCAAACUCAUGCCUCAGUACUUUGGACCUUGGGAAGUUUUAGACGUAGUACGGACAGAUCCUGAUGGUCCAUCAUAUGUCAUCCGUAUCCCUGGUCAUCUCAGAACUUACCCAGUCUUUCAYGCCUCUAAGCUCGCYGCAUYCRAGGAAACUGAUCAGUUUCCCUCUCGUCGAUCCAUGCUGCCCCCAACCAUGGACGGAGAAGYCGACAUCGAUGAUAUCGUUGACCACAGGGAKAUGCCWGUUCARAAGCCUCCAGGAAGRGGACGUCCUCCAAARCCAAAGYUGCAGUUCCGAGUCCACUUCAGACAUCAUACAGAUCCGAAGGAGGACCGCUGGUUUACUUGGGAGGAACUGAUGCAGACCGCUCCUCAAAUCGUUGCCCGCUAUGAGAAGGAUGUACUGAAAGGAAAGUGCCAAAUGGUUGCAGAUUGAUCUUCGCAGAGGACUAACGAAGAUAUGGAGGAGGGAAUGCGAGGUUACGCCCGUUUAGCCCUUACG